UCCCACAGUGCCACCAAGGAGUGGUUAAUGGGUCACCCCACCUCUGGGGUGCAGGGAAGAAAUUCUUCCAGCACCCUUGGGGUGCAUGGCUGGGAUGUGGGCACCAUCACCAAGGUCCAGGUUUGGAACCUGAGCUGAAUGGGACGGGGGUUGUGUGACAUUGCUGGGAGGCCCUGUGCAGAUGCCCCCGGGACAGACUGGGACAUACAGGCUGGGCAGAGGGGGAGGGCUUGAGACUCCAGGCCUGGCUGGGCUCUGAUGGUGGGGGCACUGUUAGCAGCUGCCUCCAGGCCUGGUGUAAGAUUGUAUCAGGGAGAGCUGGCCUUGUGAAAUGUGGGAGGUGAUCUGCAGCAAAGGUUAUUGGGAUUUCGUAAGGGUUUGGCACAUUUGCUGAGUGAAUCUGGCUGCCUGCCCAGCACUGAGUUUCCUGUUCACAGUUCCCCAGAUUUGUCACUGCUGAAGGAUUAAAGCCCCAAGAGGCUCUGACAAAGGCGUCUCCUGGAGCCCACUUUCUCUGGGUCGCCUGACAAGAUGUGAGCUGUCACUCGCGUGUGACACAGAUCUGACCCAAGCUCUCUCGCAGAGGGAGAGAAGAAUUAGCAAUGUCUUCCGGGGCUGGCUUCAAAAUUCACUUUUGGUUUUAACAACCAGCCUGAAGCUGUCAGGCUUCACCAGAGGGGAGAAGCCCUUUCAGGCUAUCCCGAGCAUUUCCAUCUCUGCCCAGGCCAGCCAUCUCCAAUCCCGCCACGAUGAAGAGCCUGGAAGGUGGACACGGCCCCUAAAGAUGGUGACGCCCUCCUGAGAAGCACGACCCCUUGGCAUAGAACACAGAGCUGGGUUGCCUGACCCCACUCCACUCAGCCUGUUCUCAUCAGCAGCGGAUACCCCCAUCCUCAGCUCCAGACCUGCAGUUGGGUUGGAUCUGCAGAUGUGGAGCCCACUGGGAUGGGAAGCCGGUUGGAGUCUACUUUGUGAAAGAGAUUCAUGCAUGCUUAUUCUAGAUGUUGGGGAAAGUCCCAGAAAAGUGUGCCUGCCAGUUUUCAUUGGUUAAGGACUAAUUUUGGGGGAAUUUAAGCAGGAGGAGAAUAUGAAAGUGUCACUCAGAGUUGUCUGUUUCAUGGUGCUGCUGAUGUCUUUGGAGGCUGAUAAAUGUGCUGAGCGUGAAGAUCGAAUAAUUUUAGCUUCAUCUGCAAAUGAAAUUGCUGUUGUUGCCUGUAAUCUUAACUCAAAUGAAAACUUAGGUCCUGUGAUUUGGUAUAAAAAUGACAGCAAGACGCCUAUAUGUAUGGAUCAAAACUGCAGGAUUAAUCAGCAGAAAGAAAAGCUUUGGUUUGUUCCUGCUAAAGUAGAGGAUUCAGGACAGUAUUACUGUGCUGUAAGAAAUUCAACUUACUGCCUCAAAAUUAAAAUAACUGCACAUUUUAUGGAGAAUGAGCCUAACUUGUGUUACAGUGCACAAGUUCUAUUUACACAGAAACUACCCAUUUCAAGAGAUGGAAGACUUGUGUGCCCUCAUUUGAGUUUUUUAAAAGAUGAAAAGAAUGAGUUCCCUGAAGUAAAGUGGUUUAAGGAUUGCAAACCUCUACUUCUCGACGAUGCACACUUCAUUGGAGUCCUAAAUACACUGCUUGUGAAGAACGUGGCUCCGGAGCACAGAGGGAACUAUACCUGCCAUGCGCCCUACACGUACCUGGGGAAGCGGUAUCACAUCACACGGACAAUACAGUUCCUUCCUUUCGAGGAAAACAAGCCAGACAGACCUGUGAUUGUGAGUCCCAAGAACGAGACUGUGGAAGUGAACUUGGGAUCCAAGAUCCAGCUGAUCUGUAAUGUCACAGGCCAUUACACAGACUCUGUCUACUGGAAGUGGAAUGGGUCAUUCAUCGACUCUGACGACCCUUUACUGGUAGAAGACUAUUACUAUUUGGAAAAUUCUUUAGCCAAAAACAAAGAUAUAGUCAUUGUGAUGCUUAAUAUUUCAGAAGUCAGAAGUCUGUUCUAUCUGCACCCAUUUACCUGUGUGGCCAGGAACGGCCAUAGUAAUGAAGCAGCAUAUGUCAAGUUUAUACAUCCAGUCCCUGAUUUCCAGAAGCACAUGAUUGGAAUAUUCGUCACACUGACACUUGUAAUCACAUGCUCAGUUUUCAUCUAUAAAAUCUUCAAGGUUGACAUUGUGCUUUGGUACAGAGGUUCCUGCUAUGAUUUUCUCUCCCAAAAAGCUUUAGAUGGAAAGAUCUACGAUGCUUAUAUACUAUAUCCAAAGAGCCACACAGAAGGAUUCACCUCAAGCUCAGAUAUUUUUGUAUUUAAAAUCUUGCCUGAGGUUUUGGAAAAACAAUUUGGAUAUAAACUGUUCAUUUAUGGAAGGGAUGAUUAUGUUGGGGAAGACACUAUUGAGGUCUUUAAUGAAACUAUACGGCAAAGCAGAAGGCUGAUCAUCAUUUUAGUAAGAGACAUAGCAAGCUUCAUCUGGCUGGGCCACUCCUCUGAAGAGCAAAUUGUGAUGUACAAUGCCCUUAUUAAAGAGGGAAUUAAGGUUGUGCUGGUUGAGCUGGACAAAAUCCAAGACUAUGAGAAAAUGCCAGAGUCCAUUAGAUUUAUUAAGCAGAAACAUGGAGUGAUCCGAUGGUCAGGGGACUUGAGAGAAGGAGCACAGUCUGCAAAGACCAGGUUCUGGAAGAACAUCAGGUACCAUAUGCCAGCCCUGCCACUGUCGUUUGCAUCUGAACAGCAGUUACUGCCCCAAGCCAGGAGGCAGGGCUCUUCAGAGACACUGCAGAGGGAGCUUCACUUGCCAGUUGGAUAGCUGGGAGCAGCCUGGCCAGUAGUUCUUUGGGUGCCUCUUGUCUUGUGGUGCUGCAGGAUGGGCUGCACCUCCUGCUGACUUCGGUGGUCGCGCGAUGGACCUGCCUGGUCCCUUGUCCACAGGUCACCUGGAAUCAGAUCGUUGAGGAUGCAGGACUCAGUGACAGUCACAGCCCAGUAUGAUUCAGAGCAGAGGUGUGGGUCUUGCUGAAGGGUGACCUGUGCCCUCUCCAUGCGCCCAAGUUGCUGAAAAGAUGGCAAACUGGAAGAAAAAGCGUGCAGGGCAGGGCUGCCCUCUGCACACAGAUUUAUUCAGUUAUCUGCAGCCACACUGGGGAUAGUGCAGGGUCACUGGCCCUGGGUCACUGUCCUGGGCCACACUGUCAGUGAAGUGUGACUCUCAGCUCGUGGAGGAAGACAGAUGUGUUCUUGGAGAACUUUCCAUGCUUUGCAUUUCCCAUACCCGUUCACAGCCUGCAGUUAGUUUCUAAAGACCAGAUUUUAUGCACAGUGGUGAAAAUUGUCAUUUCAGUGAAAAGCGGAUUCUCCAGGAUCCCAGGGUUAUGAAAUCACCACCACUUUCUGCAGAAGAGAAAGGAUCUGAAAGUGGUGGUGGCUGGGUCUGACCACCUCCUCCACCUCUUCCUGCUCCCCUCCCCAGAGCCAACACAGGCCUUUCCUUUCUUCGUCUUCUGCAUUUCACUUGGCUCCUUGUUGCUAUGCAAGGACAGCUCUGCAGGGGUUUCCUUCCUCUGCUGUGUCACUAAGUGCCACACUCUUGCCUCCUUAUCCCUGUGGACAACCCAUGAUACUCAGCUGAGGCACCAGUGACGGACUGUCAGCCACCCGUGUCACCCACCCCUUUCCAGCAUCACCCCACUCCCAGCUCCUCUAACCCAUCCUUACCAGCUCCCCCCACCAACCUGCCCAUGAGCUCCAGCUGGGUGGUGAGCUUUGCAUACACCCCUUGGUGUGAUGAAUGGAAUUCCCCCUUGCAUGGGCUCCAGCUGACCAGGAGUUUGCUGAAAUGUGGGCACUUUGACUCCC